ACAGCAGGUCUCGGAGCAUCAUGUCGAUCUUAAAGAAGCUGCUUCUUGUUUUAUCAGUGGUACCUAUGGCAGUGAAUUACCCUUUCUUCCCACCAACGUGCUACUCCAAGGCUCUAAGCAUGGCUGCAGAGCUCAGCCAGAUGGCAGCAGAUUUGAAGAUAGGCUAUGAAACUGGUCACUGUAUGGCACACAUGCCGGAUCUUUAUCUUGACAUCCAUAAUGCUUGUGUGAUGCACAAAAUAAGGGACUACAUCUCCAUGGUGGAACACCUCAGACUGCGGCGCUGUGCUUACACCAAAGAAGUGAGGAAGCUGGAAGUCACUCUGCGUCAGCUGUUCAUCAUCUUAGGACAGAAAUGCCAUGGGGACCUGGUGUUUACAAUCUAUGACUGUGCUGCGCUGGAGCGUCCAUACUAUCCAUACUAUCCAUACUGAAACCCCACCAGUCUCUCCAGUCCAAAGAGAGUUGAAAGAAGUGAAAAUUAAUGUUUUCAUAUCUAUUUCUUUUUAUAAGCUUUAUAUUUUAUGUCAAGAUUUAUUAAAGGGUUAUUUGUAAAACGUAUUGUUGGUUUCACAUAAAAAAGUGUUUUUUUUCUCUCCAUGAAGAAAAAAAUGCUUAGUUAAAAAUGAAAAAGGUCACGUUUUUGUUAUGUUUACGCAGUGCCUUGCUAAGGUAUUAUAACCCUUGGAACUAUUUUUUAAAACAUUUUACACUUGCAACAACUGAGCUUAAAGUAUUUAAUUGAAAUGCUGCAAACGAAAGGA